GAUACGAAGAGUUGCUGGUAGAAGACUCCAACAUUAUUCGUCUGAAGUGAUUUCUUGUUGUUGUUUCGAGGAGCUGGUGGAGUACAGUAGCUGCAUGCUUUGUUGUUCCUUCUCAAGGUCUUGAAUCCUGGUCGCUAAUUUAUUAGACUAAGCUACCACCUAAAUAACCGACCCGACUAAGAAAGGCGAAGGCCCAACCCCAAAGCAACGAAAAGCACAUUCACGAUCCGAGUCAAUACAAAGCACCUUACAUCGCAAUACCACCUUCAAACCCUCUGGAGGCACUCUUGUCGCUCUGCUGCCUCGCAUAAUAUCGUGAGUCUCAGCAAGAUGAGCGUUCUCCUGCCGACUCAUCCAUCGUCGUUCUCUGAGUUCGCGAUCCACCACGCCCAUCACAAUCCAGUCUCUCCUCACACUCCCAGAAUGUCGAACCGAAAACGAAAGGCGGAUGAAGAUGGGCUCGAUGAGAGCAUGAGCAUAUCACCUCAAGCUUCCCCCGCUUUUGCUCCUCGAACGAUCGCUCGUCCUGCAAAGAAAGCCAGAGCUAACGAAGUCACCGGUCGGCCCCUCACGCUUCCCCGUCUCCUCGAAACCCUAGAUGCCGACUCUCUACGAUCGGUCCUUCAAACAAUAUGUGAACGACGCCCAGAGAUAGGUUCUGAGGUGGUUGCGUCAGCACCGAGGCCUUCCGUCAUGGCAGCGGUCGACGUCCUGUCCCAAUACCAAGACAAGCUUAGAGAGGCAUUCCCAUUUGGAGGAAAUGCUGGUUCUGAUUAUGCCUAUAAUCGAGUCAAACAACAGUUGACUGAUUUGAUCGACGCUUUGACCGACUUUACGCCGCAUUACCUCCCUCCCAACGAGACGUCUACCAACACAUCCCUCAGCUAUCUCGACAGUGCAACUAAGGUCAUUCACGAUCUCCCAGAAUGGAACAGUCAGUCUCAUAAGCACCACAAGGACAACGCUUAUGACGAGAUCUCGAGGGCAUGGGCAUUGGUUGUCACUGAAGCUUCUAAGCGCGGAGGCGGAUUCCACCUUCACUCUGGCGAAUGGGACCAAAGACUCCAGAAACACAACGAACAGAGUGGUGGUCGGAUGCAAACCGCAGUCAAUGCACUUGGCUCCAAUCUGGGCUGGAUGGGAGGUAUGGGUUCAGGAGACAACUCGAUCCGUGCUCAACUAUUCAACAACACAUAUGGCACUGGUGGAGGUAACCUACCUGUGCGUGUUGGACUUUGGUGAGAUACAGAGUUACUAUGUGCAGGCCGUUGAUACCCACAUUCGAUUUGGAGAGGUUAUACAUACAUCGGAAGCGGAGAGCGUCUCAUAAGGGGUUGCGAUUCAUAGAAGGCAACAGUUCACACUUUGGCGUUGUUCAUCAUGGUACUUACCAUCAGAGUACUCACGACAGUCACGAUGAUUCCCAUUUUCUGAGUCUGGGUUUCUUUCUUCUACUUUGGCAUGCUUGGGGAGUUAUGGACUGGGAAUGGAUUUGAUCUUCUGCAUUUGGGGCCUGCAACGGUGGCAAACAAUGUUGGCGUACACUCGUUUUUCUUUGUAUUGGUCUUGUAGCAAUACUACAACCUACGAAUGGAGCAUAUUAGAUAUUAC